AUGACUUUUUUCCUACAGACAUUCCUUCUGUCUUGCUUUGUGGCUACAAUUCAAACCAAGAUCUACGGUCGCUGCGAGUUGGCUCAUGUGUUGAAGAAGAAUGGGAUGGAUAGAUACGAAGGUUAUAGCCUAGCCAGCUGGAUCUGCAUGGCAUUUUACGAAAGUGGCUUUGACACCGAGACCAUUGAUCGGCACAAAGGUGGCACCAAAGACUAUGGCAUCUUCCAUAUCAACAGUGGUCGGUGGUGUAAAGAAAAUGGUACCUUAUCAGAGGCCAUUUGUGGCAUAGCUUGCUCAGAAUUGCUGAAUCCUGAUCUUAAAGAUGACAUUGCCUGUGCCAAAAUGAUUGUGAAAGACCCCAUGGGCAUGGCUGCCUGGGGCCAGUGGAAAAAACACUGUGAAGACCAAGCGUUGAGCAAGUGGGUAAAGGGGUGUAAGGUUUGA